UCAUAUUCCUCAUUAAACAUUCUACAUCGUUUAUGAGUGUGAAAGUGAUAUUAUUAUAUUAUUGUAUUGAUAUCUUGCGUUCGAUUCCGUGUCGAUCGAUUGAUUCGAAUUCCGAAGAAUUUAUUCUGCAUGAAUCGAGGGGAUGAACAAGCUAGUAAACUUAAUGAAUGAAGUCAUAUUUUGUUUUUCUCAAAAAAGUACGCUAUUUGAAGCAUUACCGUAUACCGCGUAACCGCGUUCCCAACUUCUAUUCAUACAUUUUCUUGUAUUGUAUUAUCUGAAUGACUGAACGAGUAAAUAAAAUAAAAUAAAAAUAAAAAUAAAAAGCGAAAAAUUACACUGUAAUUUCGCUGAAACAAUAUCCGAUAUCGUCGCACUCGCACAUCACCGUCAUUAGUACAUUUCAGUAAUAUCGUCUUCGCGUCAUCCGUCAUCCCAUCAUAUCAUCAUCGUCGCCGUUUCUGUCCACGGUCCAUCGCAGGUUUUAUCAGAGUCCGAUAGGAAACUAAAUCGAACAACCAUCAUUAAACAAAUUAUAUUCAAUCCCGAUGAUAUGCGCCAUGAGAUGGAAGACUAGACACACAGUUUGUCGUUUUUGUUGAAUCGUAAAUUUAAAAAAAUUUAAUCAGAGCACUACUAUGGGUCAGACAUUAUCAGAACCGGUGACUACAAAACAUACGGAAAGUUGUCAGAAUCAAUAUUUAAAAGUUGGUUCCAGCUCUAUGCAAGGAUGGAGAAUCAACAUGGAAGAUUCCCACACUCAUAUAUUGGCACUUCCGGAUGAUCCAAGUGCUGCAUUUUUUGGAGUUUAUGAUGGUCAUGGUGGAGCAAGAAUAGCACAAUAUGCUGGCAAGCAUUUACAUAAAUUUAUAACUAAGAGGCCAGAAUAUGAAGAAAAUAAAAUUAGUGAUGCCUUACAAUUGGGUUUUAUGGACAUGGACACUGCUAUGGCUGAAGAUGAAAUGUUAAAAGAUGAGCUUGCUGGAUCAACUGCUGUAGUUGUUUUAGUUAAAGAUAAAAAAAUGUAUUGUGCAAAUGUUGGAGAUUCAAGAGCUAUUGCAUCAGUAAGUGGUGUAGUUGAACCAUUAUCAUAUGAUCACAAACCAAAUAAUGAGUUAGAAACGAAAAGGAUUGAAGCAGCUGGUGGUUGGGUCAUGUUUAACAGGGUUAAUGGCAACUUAGCUUUAUCCAGAGCUUUAGGUGAUUAUAUAUUCAAAAAAAAUGACCAAAAGAAAUUAGAUGAACAAAUUGUUAUUGCCUGGCCUGAUAUCGAAGUAAAAUCAAUUACAAAGGACUUAGAAUUCAUUGUCUUAGCGUGUGAUGGCAUUUGGGAUGUAAUGACUAAUGAAGAAGUUGUAGAGUUUGUGCGUUUUCGCGUCAGCAAUGGCAUGGAGCCUGAGGAUAUAUGUGAAGAUUUAAUGACUAGAUGUCUAGCACCCAAUGGUCAAAUGGGAGGUCUUGGGUGUGACAAUAUGACAGUUGUAAUAGUUUGUUUUCUAGGAGAAGGCCGUACUUGGAAAGAAUUACAAGUUCAAUGUUCUAAACCUUCAGCUGCAGAAUCAAACAACCCAAAUAACUCCCCAACAUUAAGUCCCAAAUCCAAGCACUAGUAUUUUCUUGAGCAUUGUUUUAUUUAUAUUUUAUUUUACUUUGGUUCUCACACAUCAUUUGUUUUUUGGCAAUAAAUUAAUAUUAAUAAUAAUAAUAAUAAUAAUAAUAAUAAUAAUUGUGUACAUAAUAGCACUGGGAUAAUA